AUGUCCGACUUCAUCCAGCACCAGCCGGUGCACUCGGCCGUCAUCGGCCAGAUCCCCGUGCCGCACGGUCCCGAGACGGGCGCCGAGACCGAGACCUACCCCGUGGGCCCCGAGGGCCUCUACACCGAGGAGCAGGAGCGCGAGAUCUUCAAGUACAUCACGCACCCCGACGACAGCUUCAACGAGCAGGGCACCUACUGGGCCGACCUGCCCCUGGCCAAGCGCUUUGCCUUUGUCAACCGCGUCAACAACGCCGAGGCCGCCUCCGAGCUCAAGGCCACCUGGAACCUGUUCAAGCGCGAUCCGCUGGGCCCCGUCGGCUGGUACUUUCGCAAUGCCGUGCUGCCCGGUGCCGGUCUCGGCCUCGAGGGCUACGUGCUCUUCUCCAUUGGCAACCUGUCGCCGCUCUUCUCCGCCGCCUGGCCGCAGUGCUGGGGCAGCAAGGCCACCGAGUGCGACAAGAACUGGAUUGCCGCCGUCACCUAUCUCGAGGUCAUUGGCAUCAUGUUUGGUCAGGUGUCUGUUGGUGUCAUUGGUGAUUGGAUUGGCCGUCGCUGGGGUCUCAUUCAGGACGCCCUGAUCAUGUUCAUCGGUCUGCUGAUGCUCACGGCCUCGUGGGGCCUGACCCUGCAGGGCUGGGUCAUCUGCUACGCCUGGUCGCUCUUCUUCUACAGCUACGGUGUCGGCGGCGAGUACCCCAUGACCGCCACGUCCUCCAUGGAGAGCGCGGUCGGCGCCGGCAAGCUGUCGACCCGCGACGACCGCCUGCACCGUGGCCGCAAGGUCACCAUGGCCUUCCUGAUGCAGGGCUGGGGCCAGCUGAUCAACCAGGGCCUCCUGAUUGUGCUGCUGCUCAUCUUCCACCACGGCGACGGCGAUCCGCCGUACGGCCUGUCCACCGUCCAGUGGACCUUCCGCCUGUCGUUUGCCUUCCCCGCGGUCGGCACGCUGUGGCUCGUCUACUACCGCACGUACAAGAUGCCCAACGCGUCGCGCCAGCUGCAGCUCGUCAAGAAGCGCGCCAACGUCACGGGCUACGACGUCAACUCGCUGCGCACCAUCUUCCAGCACUUUGGCGGCCGCAUCCUGGCCACCGCCGGCACCUGGUUCUGCAACGACGUCUUCUUCUACGGCAACAAGCUGUUCCAGGGCCAGUUCAUCAACGUCAUUGCCGACAACCCGAAGAGCGUCAUGGUCACCUGGGUGUGGAACAUCUGCAACUGCAUUGUCUCCCUGUUUGGCUACUACCUGGCGUGCUUCCUCAUCGACAACAAGCUGUACGGCCGCAAGAUGAUGAUGCAGGUCGGCUUCCUCAUGUGCUUCGUCUUCUUCGUCGUCCCCGCCUUCCACUACAAGUACUACUCGGGCCUCAGCGGCAUCCACUCCUUCCAGGCCAUGUACUUCUUGUCGUCCUUCUUCAACCAGUUCGGCCCCAACUCGGUGACCUUCCUCGUGGCCGGCGAGGUGUUCCCCACGCCCAUCCGCGCCACGGCGCACGGCUUCUCGGCCUGCAUUGGCAAGUCGGGCGCGCUGCUGGCCUCGGUGCUCUACAACUACAUCGACACGCAGACCAAGUUCUACGUCGUGCCCUGGUUCGGUCUGGCCGGCAUGCUCCUGACGCUGGUCUGGCUGCCCGACACCACGGGUCUCGACCUCAAGGAGCAGGAGCGCCGCUGGAGCUACAUCAAGGACGGCCGCGACUCCGAGUACCACGGCAUUGCCGUGCACCCCACGCACCUGUCGCUCUGGGAGCGCCUGUGGGGCGUCGGCAAGUACUACAACCCGGAGCUGGACGCCAAGGCCAAGAUCCAGGACCUGCGCGCCGACUGGGAGGCCCGCGAGAACGCCAAGCGCGAGGCCGAGGUGCACGGCAAGGACGGCGAGCCCGUCCUCGACGACACUGGCCUGACCGACGAGGCGCACAACUACUUUUUGCACACGAGCCCCAACAGCCCGUACCUGGCCGGCCAGAACGGCAAGGCCAACGGCGUGCUGCAGGACGCUGUGCUGCCCAACAGCGCCAACGAGAAGGCCAGCGGUCCGUCGGAGAGCUCGCAGUAA